AUGUUCUCUCGAGCUGUCCCCCGUGUAUCUCCUUCGUCCCUCUUCGCCGGACGAAGAACAUUGACCACCACCCGUCCCCGAUUCAACUCACCAUCAUCCACUCAACCCAAUCACUACAAGGAGGGAUUGGCGCGGUACAAAACCUUUAGCAGCCCCUUCGCCAAGGUCUUCCUGGGUGCCAUUUUCACAUAUCAGGUGAUUUACUGGACGUGGUUGAAGCUCGAGAUGGAUGAGACGAAAUAUGAGAAGAAUCAACAAGUUGCAGCUCUGGAGAAGAAGGCGAGGGAAGUGACAGCCUCACAGAAAUAA